UCACAUACAAGCUAAAUUAAUUGUGACAAUUUAAAUCCAUAAAGAUCAUCUGGAAUCAGUUUUGUUAUAAGUGCUUAGAGCGUGCGGACCCAGUUAAAAUAUAAAAAUGUUCUGUGAAGUUUUUAGUACAUUUUGUGUCUAUUCAAUAAUCUUUAUUUUGAAUAGGAAUAAUAUUGCUGCUGCCUUUGGAAAUUCUGCACAUAUGAACCGUGAGGACUGGGUGAUUGUUAAACCAAAAAUUUCAAAAGAAAUUAUUUUUGGAGGCGAUGUAAUGUUUAUACAAAUGGAUAAGUGGCUUUUGGUUUUUAAGGAUGAAGGAAGCUUACAUUUCUCCAGCAACUUUGUAGCUGAAUGGAUUGAAGCCGAUGUGAUGACAAAAGGAAACGUACCAAAAUGCCAUUACAAAACUGGAAUUAUCCAGGGUCUGGAAGCUCGAAGCCAUGCGUCCGUUUCCAUUUGCGAUACCUCGCUGACAGGGUAUUUUGAAAUAAAUAAGAGGUUUUACUUUUUUGAGCCUCUUAACGAGACAACGGCCGAACAUAGAUUAUUUGAAACAAAAAGAAAAAAUAAUUUUCCGUCAAGACAACGUCGCUCAACACAAUAUCUGAGUGCCGACUGGGUUUUCAAUUUAACGGGAGACACUAUUGACAUUCAGGGUAACGAGUCCGAUCCUGAUAUCGAGUUUUAUCAUAAUCCUUAUCCUUUGGCUGACGGAGCAGAUAGCAAAGAAACCGAUAAGCCGAAGACGGAAGACUCAAAAAUUCCCUUGGAGUAUUUACGAAACGGGUCAAUUGGGGAAUACGACGAAGCAAGUGGAUAUUUUUAUGAUACAGCCUGGUCGGCUACUGUCAUUACUGAAGCGCAUUCAUGGCCAGGCCAAACUUUACCAACUCGUUGGUUGGAGAUAGCGGUUGGAGUGGAUCACACUUUGAUAAGUUUUCAUGGCAAGAAUAAGGUGCAGGAGUACGUGUUGGCCUUAAUGAAUAUUGUUAGUGCCAUCUAUCAAGAUUCCUCGUUAGGGGCGAACAUUAAACUAGUAAUUGCAAGGCUCCUAUUUUACGAGCACCGCAAACACGGCAUCGUACGUCCUGGAAAUGCGAAGAAAUCUCUGGAAAAUGUCAACAUUUGGAAUAAGAAACUUCAUGCGUCAUUGAAACAUGAUCAACCGAGGCAUGAUGUUGCUAUAUGGUUAACACGAUCCGACAUAGGAGGUCCCUCGGGCUAUGCACCAGUCGGCGGAGUCUGCGAUCCAAAGAGAAGUUGCGCUUUGAAUAAAGACGAGGGUCUUACCAGCGCAUUCAUCAUUGCUCACGAAAUGGCCCAUAUGUUGGGCUUGAGUCACGAUGGAGAUAAAAAAUCAGGGAACGAUUGCGAUGAUGAUGCUGUUGAAGGUAGCGUGAUGGCGUCCAUGGUUUCUGCAACGUUUAGCAAGUUUUCAUGGUCAGCCUGUUCUAAACGAGAGUAUAAAGAAAAAAUUGGAAAUUGGAGCUGUUUAUCAAACGCACCUCUCACCAAAGAUGAAAUUAUGUUAAAUGCGACACUUCAAACGGCUUUUAGUAUGGAUGAACAAUGUAGAAUGGAGUUUGGAGAAGGAUAUCUGAUGUGCAGAGCUUUUGACAUCAUUGAACCAUGUUCACAUUUGUGGUGCGGCCACAAAGACUCACCAAUGGUUUGCAAAACCAAAAAGGGACCUCCUUUGGAAAAUACCGAAUGCGGAUUUGGAAAGUGGUGUGUAAAUGGUUACUGCAGCGAAAUACCACAAAAAGCUAACAGAAUACCAGUUGUGCUAAAUCCUCAACACGGAGGUUGGAGUAACUGGAGUUCAUGGGGUCCUUGUUCAAGAACCUGUGGCAUUGGUGUACAGUAUAAAACCAGAAGAUGCGAUAAUCCAAAGCCCUCUUAUGGCGGUAGCACCUGCGAAGGCCAAACCGAAGAGUUUCAACUUUGCAACAAAGGCUCUUGCAAAAAUCAGUUUGUUGAUCUGAGAGCUCAACAAUGUAGAAUGAUGCCUAAAAUUGUAAAUAUUACUGGAGUUAGGACUAGUGAUACAUGGUUACCUUAUGAGAGUCAAGAAGAUGACAAAAAAUGUAAAUUUUCUUGUGUCAGUGAUGAACGAAAAGAAGUGUUUGUAUUAGACGAAGAUCUUACCGAUGGUACUCCUUGUUCUUAUGAUAAUGAAGAUGAUAUUUGUAUACAAGGUAAAUGCUAUGAGAUUGGCUGCGAUGGCAAUUUGAAUUCGACAGCAAAAAGAGAUAAAUGUGGAGUAUGUGGAGGAGACGGAUCAAGUUGUACCAACACCAAUAUUACGAUUAGAAAAAGACUAAAACGAGAGAUAAAAAAGGUAGCUGUGCUCCCAAGGAUGGCCAGACAUAUUAAAGUAGACACAAAUGUUACGUUUCGAAACACUAUAGAUUCUCCAAGUAUAGCCUUCGUCCUGAAAAAUCGAAAUAAAAAAGGUUAUGCUGUAACAAUACCCAAUACGGCACUACAUUCGAAAAUCGUAGAGGGAACUAACUUUUUUUACAGAAAAAUUGGUAAUAACCAUAAUAUAUGGGGAUCUGGGCCUAUUUUAGCCGAGUUGGUUAUCAUGGUCAUCACUUCGCCAAAACAAGCUUCUGAAGGCAUAUUCCUUUCCUCAAACACCCAGUAUUCCAUCCACAAAGAUUUUCUGCUGCCAUCGAAGAGGUACAAAUGGAUUAUUGGAGGUUGGGGUCCAUGUUCAGCUAGUUGCGGUAGAGGAAGAAGGCAAAAAACAUUGGGCUGCUGGGAUAAUCGAAAAAAUAAGUUGGUUUUGCGAAAGUUCUGUUCGCUCAUGCAAAAACCUAGUGUGGAGGCUGAAUCUUGUAAUAAUUUCGGAUGUAAAUUUGAAUGGAUAGCAGGCGAAUGGGAACCAUGCAGCGCCACCUGCGGUAGUUCAGGAGUACAAUACAGAGAAAUGUAUUGCAUACCAAACUCUAUAUUGCAAACAUUCGACGAGGCUGACACUACUUUACCUGUUAAUAUAUGGAAACACAUGGUAAAUCCAAGAAAAUGUACAGGAAUAGCUCCUAGCAAUUUAAAAGCUUGCAAUAGGAUUCCUUGUUUGUAUUAUUGGGGGUAUAGUGAAUGGACUGAGUGUUCUGCAACCUGUGGUACUGGAAUAUCUUCUAGAACUGCUUAUUGUCCGGCUCUACAAGAUGGUACUUGCGGAGAACCACCACCGCCUCAAAGAAAAGUUUGCACAGGAAAUUUUACUCGAUUUACCAACAAACUGUGCAAAGGAAGAAAAUUAAGAGAAUGCAAAGAAGAUGAGUCCAAAUAUUGUUCUUUCAAUUUGUUGCAAAGAUAUUGCCAGCUAAAAGGGUUUAGAAGGCUGUGUUGCAAAUCUUGUGCUAGUUAUAUAAAAAAGAUUGACCAUAAUAUGCAAAUCGUAACUUACUGAUUAAUAUUAAGUCCUACCUUCAAUUGUGAAUCCCCAAAUAAAAGAAAUAAACGGGAUUAUUUGGAAAGUUAAUACUUAUAUUGCUAGACUAGAUCAUGUAAUGAUAUAUUUUGCCAAGGAGUUUAAGGAAAUCAACUAAUAUCAAUCAUAAAAAUUUGACAAUCACAACAUCAUAAAACGUGUGUAUUUGUGUAAACAACAUGUGCAAAUCUGGAAGUCCUCAAUAAAGCGUGUUUGUGUAUGCCAAUCAGUAAUAGUAAAUUAAAAUGUAAUACCUAUUGUUUUAUGGCUGGUACAAACCAACAAAUAUUUAAACAAUAUGUUGCGCUUAUGAUAUGUGGCAGAAAUGAUCAGAUAGGUAGAGGUUUUUGGGGGUAAUAAAUAUUUUACUUCAUUGCAUGUUUUAUUGGUUGAACCACAUUAUUAUUUUACAUCAAUAUUUUUUCCUAAUUGCAGCUAUAUAAUAAAUCAAAUAUAUAAAAAUCAAUAUUUAUUUGUUCGUUGUUUAUGGACUCGCAAACCGCUGAACCGGUCUCCUUGAAAUUUGUACCAGGUAGUCUUUAUAUAAAGGAGAGUGUUAUAGGCUACUUUUCAUCAAUGCUUAUUAGGUAAAUAGCUAACUAAGAAGAAUAGGAUUUGGAGGCGAAUAUCUCCACCACAUACACUUCCCAGCGACGUGAUACUACGCAGUAUAUACAACACGCAGUAUAUACAAAAAAAAAAUCAGCAGGUUAAAUCAACAGCCUAAGAUUAAACGGCAGAGGCUCUAGAUUUAUCACGUACCUUUCUGCGC